CAUGCUUAAAUACAAAACCCACCUGUUUCUUGGUCUCUUUCCAGCACCAGAAGCUGCGGAGCCUUCAUCAAGCAAUAAAAAUCAAAAAUGUCCACAAGUGUGUGCAGUUCGAACUCGAAUCGGCUGGAAAAGAUAAAGGAAGAAGGCCAAGAGAAUUGGCUACCAGCAGCAUGCCGACUACCAGAAACCCCAACAGAGUCCAUGGAGUUCCUCGGGAGGUCAUGGAGUGUUUCAUCUGUGGAAAUCUCGAAAGCUCUUUCCAACACUUCUGUGGAACUUAUGCAUCUUGACAACCCCAACUCCAACUUAUUUUGCUAUGUUGAUGGGAGCACAUCACUCUCAGGAGAACAUCAGCCUCAAUCAUUAGCAAAAGAAGACAGCCCUCCAGUCUCUCCUAGAAAAAGUGAUGAAAUGAAGGAAUUAUUUCUUAUUCAUCAAGCACUCAACCAAGAUUUUGUGUCUAGCCAUCAAUUGCUCAAAAAUGGGCUUUACAGGAACAUUAUGAGAGGAAGGACAAUGGGUAGAUGGAUUAAAGAUCAGAAAGAGAGGAGGAAACAUGAGGCUAGAACACACAAUGCUCAACUGCAUGCAGCAGUAUCGGUGGCAGGGGUUGCUGCUGCUGUGGCUGCUCUUACAAGCACUAACAAUGAACAAACAGCACGUUCAAAAGCAGUAGCAUCAGCAGCAGCUCUAGUGGCAUCACAUUGCAUAGAGAUUGCCGAGGACAUGGGAGCUGAGCAUGACCAGAUACUAUCAGCUGUCAAUUCUGCAACUACUGCAAGGACUAAUGGUGAUAUAAUGACCCUAACUGCAGGAGCAGCCACUGCAUUGAGAGGAGCUGCCACAUUACGAGCGAGGCUGCAAAAGGGAGCUACAACCAUGGGUUUGGCUGAGGAACAGGGUGAAGAAGGCAAAGAUUUACAUGUCUUGGCAGCAUUGAACUUUGUUUCUAAAGGAGGAGAACUUUUAAAGCUUACGAGGAAAGGAGAUCUUCAUUGGAAGCAAAUUUCUUUCAAGGUCAAUACAAAAUGGCAGGUGGUAGCAAAGAUGAAAAGCAAGCACAUGGCAGGAACUUUUACAAAGAAAAAGAAGUGUGUAGUCUCUGGAGUCUAUGAUGAUGUCCCAGCAUGGCCUGGACGAGAGAUGGAUGAUAGCAAUGAACAGAGGCAAUAUUUCGGGAUAGAAACCUCUGAAAGAAUAAUACAGUUUGAAUGCAGCACCAAAGAUGAAAAACAGAAGUGGAUGGAGGGCCUGCAGCAUUUGUUGAAUUGCCGAGCCAAUAUGGCAUGGUUUACAUAGUAGAGUGUGUAUUGAAUUGGUAGAAAAGCAGACAUGGCCCAUGCGCCUUAAAAGCCAAUUAAGAACGUUCCAAACAUCAAGUUCGCAUGGAAUCAAGCACACACAAAGCAAAGGUGAUUGCAUUGUUGAAAUUGUACAGUGAGUGGAUUACAUCUACAGCGAGUGGUUGUGUUUACAAUUUGAGUGGAAAGAUUUAUUCAAUUUAAGAAAUUCAAUUGCA